AUGACGUCGAGCGGUUCUGACGUGGUAGCAGCGCUGGGUCGCCCGAUUCGCGUCUUCACGUACGGAGCUGCGACGCCUGCGACUCCUGCGACGGUCGAGAGCGAUGCGACUGCGACGGCGGGCGACUCGGAACGAGAAGGAGGCCCGGUGACAGCAGGAGGUUCGCAAGCGGCGGAUCGGGGAAAGGAAGUUGCUGACGAGUUCUAUGAGUUCACGCCGGCGGAUUAUUCGAGAUUGAUGGCGGGAAAGAAGGAAGCCUAUCAUCAGAGUCCGCUUCAUUCGCAGUAUCACCUUCGUUCUCCAUUCUUCCCUUCCCAACCCCUCCAGGCGAUUAUCAGAGUCCGAUUCCCUGAUAUCGCAGUGGUGGUGGCAGCCUUUGCCCCCACGGAUGCUGUAGCGGCAGUGCGGCAGCCUUUGCCCCCACGAGAGUUCGAGUCCCUGAUAAACAACACAGUGGUGAAGGUCCUCUGUUUCACUCCUUCCCACCCCUCUCAACUCUUCCAGGCGAUCAUCAGAGUGAUCAUCAGAGUUCGAUUCCCUGAUGACACAGUGGCGGAGGUGGCCGUUGCCCCCACGAAUGAACCUUCACCACCACCACUUCACCUCUUUCUACCCCUUUCAACUCCUCCAGGCGACUAUCAGAGUCCGCUUUCCGGACAACACAGUGGUGGAGGCGGCCUUCGCCCCCACGGAUGCUGUAGCGGCAGUGCGGCAGUUUGUGUGCAAGUGUCUGCUACAACCGGACCUGCCUUUCUUCUUUUGAGCAGUGCUGCAGGUGGCAGUUCAACCUCCAUCCUGUCAACAUCAACCGCCCUUCCAUAUCGAUCCCUUUUGAGGCGCCUCAAAACAGGUGGCAGUUUAAAUUCCAUCCUGUCAACAUCAACCGCCCUUUCAAAUCAAUCCCACCCGUCCCCCACCACAACUUCCCCUGUUUUCCACCACCUCUCCGCAACCCACCUCUCCGCAACCCACCUCUCCGCAACCCACCUCUCCGCAACCCACCUCUCCGCAACCCACCUCUCCGCAACCCACCUCUCCGCAACCCACCUCUCCGCAACCCACCUCUCCGCAACCCACCUCUCCGCAACCCACCUCUCCGCAACCCACCUCUCCGCAACCCACCUCUUCCGCAACCCACCUCUCCGCAACCCACCUCUCCGCAACCCACCUCUCCGCAACCCACCUCUCCGCAACCCACCUCUCCGCAACCCACCUCUCCGCAACCCACCUCUCCGCAACCCACCUCUCCGCAACCCACCUCUCCGCAACCCACCUCUCCGCAACCCACCUCUCCGCAACCCACCUCUCCGCAACCCACCUCUCCGCAACCCACCUCUCCGCAACCCACCUCUCCGCAACCCACCUCUCCGCAACCCACCUCUCCGCAACCCACCUCUCCGCAACCCACCUCUCCGCAACCCACCUCUCCGCAACCCACCUCUCCGCAACCCACCUCUCCGCAACCCACCUCUCCGCAACCCACCUCUCCGCAACCCACCUCUCCGCAACCCACCUCUCCGCAACCCACCUCUCCGCAACCCACCUCUCCGCAACCCACCUCUCCGCAACCCACCUCUCCGCAACCCACCUCUCCGCAACCCACCUCUCCGCAACCCACCUCUCCGCAACCCACCUCUCCGCAACCCACCUCUCCGCAACCCACCUCUCCGCAACCCACCUCUCCGCAACCCACCUCUCCGCAACCCACCUCUCCGCAACCCACCUCUCCGCAACCCACCUCUCCGCAACCCACCUCUCCGCAACCCACUUCUCCGCAACCCACCUCUCCGCAACCCACUUCUGACUCCUCCGCCCCAACCUCCCUCUUGCACCCGGAUUGCUACCCACUUCUUGCACUCAAGGACGUUCCUUCGCAACAGAUCGUCCCUCUUACACUCGGUCCGGACAUUCUUGCACUCAAGGACGUUCCCUUGCACCAGAUGUUUCCACUUGUUCCCCCCACCCGUGCGCCCCACCCCUCCAGAACUCUCAGCGUCUCUCUUGCACCCGGAUGUUCUUGCACUGAAGGACGUCCCCUCGCAACCAGAACUGACCCUGGUGGAGUCCAGCGAGGGGUCACUGGAGAAGAAGGGUGAGAAGGGCAAAGGAGAGGUGAAGCAACAAGGGGCGGCUGCAGGGACGGGUGGUGCUGUGCCAGGGGCGUCCAAGGAUGAGGAGGGUAAAGGAGAGGAGGAUUGUUCUCCCACUACUACGCUUCCAACCCAAGCAAUCCACCUAUUUCCCACCCGUCCCUUCCACCCUUCCCCCUCACCCGUGUCCCCCACCCUACCAGAACCCACUUUGGACUCAGCCUCCCCAUCGUCGCUCUUACACCCGGACAUUCUUGCACUGAAGGACGUCCCCUCGCAACCAGAACUGACCCCGGUAGAGCCCAGUGAGGGGUCACUGGAGAGAAAGGAUGAGAAAGGCAAAGGAGAGGUGAAGCAACAAGGGGUGGCUGCGGGAACGAGUGGUGCUGUGCGUGGGGCGUCCAAAGCUGGGCUCUCCUCCAAGCCUAAGUGGUUCAAGCGAUAA